CGCGGCCCUGGGCAACGCCCGCCUCCUCCUCCUCGGCUAGGCCUGGCCAAACCCUCCCCAGGGUGGGGCUGCCAGUUGCACACACCCAGCCAGCAGCAGCAGCAGCGACCCUAGAGUGCAUCGUACAGGCUAAGGAGGUGGAGGCUGCUCGCUCGCCUGACUCGUUCCGGUUGCUCGUGUCGUGCUCCGCUUGCCACCGAUCGCCGGGCUCGCUGCAGCCCGUCUGCUCGUGUCCGCCGCGUCCUUCGACCAGCCCGGUUCGGGAUGAUCCUCCCCGCGGAAGGAACGAGCGCCGUGCACGGGGCCUGGGCGGCUGCAGGCUUGGCCCACAGCAAGGCACUGCUCAAGAUGAGCUCCUCAUCGCUGCUGGAGGAGAGCUCCAUUGAGCCACCGGUGCUGCUGAGCGACAUCAAGACAGAACCUCCAGAGGAGCUGCUAGCCAGUGACUGCAGCCAGCCCCAGGCGGAGCCGGUCGACCUGUCCCUCAACAAACCCAAGGCCUCCCUGCAGCCCUCCUUGUCUCUGCCUUCCUCCGUCCGAUCUUCGCCCAUGUUGGCAACACCCCCCGUCCAGGCCCCCGUCGUCUCUAUGUCGCCAACGGGGCUGGGCUCAUCCUCAGCUAUCCCUGCGGUGCUUUCCCCGGGCUCCAUCCUGGCUUCCACCCAAGGCAGUGGUGGGCAACAGAUCCUGCACGUCAUUCACACCAUCCCUUCCGUCAAUCUCCCCAGCAAGAUGGGCAACCUUCAGACCAUCCCAGUGGUGGUGCAGUCCCUGCCAGUGGUGUACACAACGAUGCCCAGCGAUGGAGUCACCGCUGCCAUCACCGUGCCACUUAUUGGUGGUGACGGCAAGAACGCUGGCUCUGUGAAAGUUGACCCGAGCUCCAUGUGCCCGGUGGAGAUGAACAGUGACAGCGAAGACAGUGCCGUGGAGAGUGGCCCAGCGUUCUUCUCAGACCUGCAAAGAGAGCCCUCAGCGGGACGAAUGCAGCUGGCAGAGUCUCCUGACCUGAAGAAGAGGCGGAUCCACCAGUGUGACUUCGACGGCUGCAACAAAGUUUACACAAAGAGUUCACACUUAAAAGCACACAGGAGGAUACAUACAGGAGAGAAGCCGUACAAAUGUACCUGGGAGGGUUGCACCUGGAAGUUUGCUCGCUCCGAUGAGCUGACUCGGCACUUCCGAAAGCACACAGGCAUCAAGCCUUUCCGUUGCUCGGACUGCGACCGCAGCUUUUCUCGCUCUGACCACUUGGCUUUGCAUCGCCGGAGGCACAUCAUGAUGUGAGGGGGCUCCCCAUGCUCCCAUCAGCCAUGGAAGGAGAAGAACCGCAGCUGGCUGAAUUCCUGCCUGAUAGCUGUGGCUGCUGUGGACAGAGUGUGUUUGUGAAGAGAGCCCUCCCUUUUCCUCCUCCCAGUCCUUGCCAUCCACAGAACUCCAUGGAAGGAGCUGUAGCCUGGACUACAGUUCCCAGGACCAGAAAGUGCCGGUGGAGUCUCCAGGUGUGUGGAUGGCGAGGCCUGAUGGAUGCUGCAUUAGUUGGAAUGGAUGUUUUGGUAUGUGGGGCAGCUGCUGCAGUGGGAUCUGAAUCAAGGCUACGUCUCUGGCUGUUCCAUUCUCUAUGGCAACUGUUGAGGAUUUCCCUGAGCUUCUGACACCCAUCUCUCCAGGAAGCAGUUUGGAAUUUCAUUUGUUGCAGUCUUGAGUUUUCAGUCUGGGGUUUCUGAUAGUGUGUAUAUAUACGCACAUGCUUACGCACACAAUCCCAACCCUGAAUCCUAGAAAAUGGCAGGGGAAACUUGAAAUUAAUUGAUUGGGGGGGGGUUAGAAAAAAGUUUUAAGGAGCACUGAAACAAAAGUCUAUAUUUGAAACCUGCCUUGGAAUCCAGCUUUCAGUCUUCAGACGCCCAAGAGUUGUUCAGCACAAUUUAGUUAAGUUUUGGGGAGAUUUCCAUUUUUGACCCCUUGAAGUUUGCAAUGAAAUGUUCCAUUUCCCCUGAAAUCAGUGACCUCAACUGUGCCGUGGAAAGACUGGCUUCAGCAACUGUUGCGGAAUAUUCCAAGAUCAAUGAAAUUUUAGAAUUCAAUGAAUUAGAACUUUAGCAUUUGGGGUGGGAUUUUUGGGGAGGGGUGAUCUGAUCAGUAUGUGGCAGGGCCAGUCCCCUCCACGCCUGCUGCAUUAUUUCUUCCCUUUGGUCAUGGGGGUCAGUCAUGGGCAAAGAGAGCUCUAGUUCUCCAAGGCCAGUGAUGGGGGAGGGGCCAAAAACCACAAAAAGGGAAAACUUUUGCGGAACGUAGAACUGUGAUGACUCAACAGGUUUGGGAGGGGGGGAAUGUGGGGAUUUUGAAUUCUGCCGUUGUUGAUGUGGCAAGGAGACAAAACCCCAGGAGCUUUUCCCAGCAUGGUCCUCUGCCCACGGACAGACUUGUGUCGUACUCCUUCUGCAGAAGACUGGACUUGACAGCAGCAGCUUUGAACUGCGGAACUUUAACUUUGGGGUUUGAAGGGCUGAGGGCACCUUUUGAUGGACGGACACAUGUUGGGGUUUUUAGAAUUCGCUUUCUCUUUCCCUGCUCUUGAGGGGAGUCAAAUAUGAACAUGGUUUUCCAGAA